UUUGACUCCCAGGUGUGUGCCCUAUCCACUAGACCACGCUGUUAGGAUGGGGCACCUGGUUUUCUUCAUACCUUCCUCCAGCCACCCCAGGUCCUGUUACCUCCCUUGUCCUGUUACCUCCCUUCUGGUGGAUCCUGCAUUAAUACCUAACCAGGAGACAAGCUCCAAGCACAGCAUCUCUUCUCCUCCACGUCCGGAAGUGAAAUCAUUCUCUUCUCUGCCCUCCAGCACACAGGAGUUAAUAGAAAUCCUGGCACUUUCAAGAAACCAGAAGUUGUUGCAGCCUGGGGAGGAGAACCAGAUCCUGGAGUUGCUAAUUCUUAGAGAUGGGGAAUUUCAAGAAUUAAUGAAACUGGCACUUGAGCAAGGGAAAAUUCAUCAUGAAAUGCAACUAUUGGAAAAAGAAGUAGAGAAGAGAGAUAGUGAUAUUCAGCAGCUGCAGAAACAGUUGAAAGAAGCAGAACAAAUAUUGGCAACAGCUGUUUACCAAGCAAAAGAAAAGCUCAAAUCAAUAGAUAAAGCAAGAAAAGGGGCCAUCUCCUCUGAAGAAAUAAUUAAAUAUGCCCAUAGGAUUAGCGCAAGCAACGCUGUUUGUGCCCCUCUGACUUGGGUCCCAGGGGACCCACGUAGACCGUACCCAACGGAUUUGGAGAUGAGAAGUGGUUUACUGGGGCAGAUGAGCAAUCCUUCCACGAAUGGUGUGAACGGACACCUCCCAGGUGACGCACUUGCAGCGGGCAGAUUGCCAGAUGUUCUCGCCCCACAAUACCCAUGGCAGUCAAAUGAUCUGUCUCUGAACAUGCUACCUCCCAAUCAUAGCAAUGACUUUAUGUUGGAACCUCCUGGGCACAAUAAGGAAAACGAAGACGACGUAGAGGUCAUGUCAACAGAUUCUUCGAGUAGCAGUAGUGACUCUGAUUAAGGACAGAGGACAAAGACUUUCCAGGUCGACCACAGAAAUACCGUGCAAAUCUCAAAGCCACAAAAUAGCCCAAAACACUGACUCUCUUGAAAAUGUGCAGCUCAGUUGGGACCACAAUAGAUUUCUAAAAAUUGCAAUUGUGGCUUCUGUUCGAGUUCACAAGAGAGAUAUUAAGCAUUAAAAAUGACUAGCAAUGUCUCUCGCUGAAGGGGAUUUUUCGGUUUCUCGAGAAGAACUGUGCCAGCACUGCCUUUCCCCAACCUGAACCAGUUAUUUUGAUGAAUGUAUAAUAAGAGGAGCUCUGGGAAAAGCACCCGGGGAUAUGGACUUUUGUACGUUACAACUCUGCUGUAAUUAUUUCAAAAGGCACAGAUGUCCCCAAUGAAAAUAACCUGUCUUAAGCCCCCCCCCCACCCCCCACCCCUGUCUUAAAGUGAAGAUGACUGGCUGUUUCAGAAGCAGAUCAGUAUUGAAAUAAUGCUUAUUUUCACAACUUUUUGUAAUUAUUGUAAUAUUGCAUGGUUUUGUAAAUAAAUUCAACUUUAGUGUGCUGCUUUUUUUAAAGAAAA